CUCAGAUGAAUGGGGCCGGGGAUGAGUGAGAACUACAGAGCCUUGGUGGCAGCCGCGGAAGGAUAGUGGACUGAGACAGCCCUCGGGCAACGAACCGCGGGCGGCGGUGAUGUUCAGUGAGGGCUUCCCAGGGUAGCGAUCGGGAAGGGUGCUCUGCGCGCUCGCACCCCGUGCCCUGCACCGGCCAUGCGCCCGGCCUUCGCGGUGGGCCUGGUGUUCGCAGGCUGCUGCAGUAAUGUGAUCUUCCUAGAGCUGCUGGCCCGGAAGCACCCAGGAUGUGGGAACAUCGUGACAUUUGCACAGUUCUUAUUUAUUGCUGUGGAAGGCUUCCUUUUCGAAGCUGACUUGGGAAGGAAGCCACCUGCUAUCCCACUAAGGUACUAUGCCAUCAUGGUAACCAUGUUCUUUACCGUCAGCGUGAUGAACAACUAUGCUCUGAAUCUGAACAUCGCCAUGCCCCUACAUAUGAUAUUCAGAUCCGGCUCUCUGAUUGCCAACAUGAUCCUAGGAAUUAUCAUUUUGAAGAAAAGAUACAGUAUGUUCAAGUAUACCUCCAUUGCCCUGGUGUCUGCAGGGAUAUUUAUUUGCACUUUCAUGUCAGCAAAGCAGGUGACUUCCCAGUCCAGCUUGAAUGAGAAGGAUGGAUUCCAGGCAUUUGCACGGUGGUUACUGGGCAUUGGAGCACUGACCUUUGCCCUGCUGAUGUCAGCAAGGAUGGGCAUAUUCCAAGAGACUCUAUACAAACAGUUUGGGAAACAUUCCAAGGAGGCAUUAUUUUAUAAUCACGCCCUUCCACUCCCGGGUUUCAUCUUCUUGGCUUCUGAUAUUUAUGAUCAUGUUGUUCUGUUCAAUAAGUCUGAACUCUAUCAAGUUCCAGUCAUCAGUGUGGCUAUGCCCAUCAUGUGGUUCUACCUCCUCAUGAACGUUGUGACUCAAUACGUGUGCAUCCGUGGCGUGUUCAUCCUCACAACAGAGUGCACCUCCCUCACCGUCACGCUGGUUGUGACUCUGCGCAAGUUUGUGAGCCUCAUCUUUUCUAUCUUGUACUUCCAGAACCCGUUCACUCUGUGGCACUGUCUGGGCACCUUGUUUGUCUUCAUUGGGACCUUAAUGUACACAGAGGUGUGGAAAAACCUAGGGACCACAAAAAGUCAGCUGCAAAAGGCUGACAAGAAGGACUGAGGUCUGCCUGGGACAGACAGAGCAUUGUUACGUGAUAGAGGCCUCUGGCGCAGGUAUGGUCAUCAUUUCACUUUGGCUACUGCGAAAUUACCACAGUAUUGAACCCAACAGUCCCCAGAGCACCUCUGAAGAAUGGGACUCAUCUGCUCUUUCCUGGCCACCCAGACAGCCUUUGUAGACUCCGAGUAGGCAUCCCUGAGAUAGAAUAAACACCGCAAGCAAGGCUACCAGGCAGA